GCUAGAUCCAAUAAAGGACUUAAAUACCUAAAGCAGGAUUUAGGGAGAAUUCAGGUGCCUAAAUCCCAAAAUGCAAUCUGAGAAAUCUCACACAGCUGCUGCCUAACCCAGGAGAUGCCUAAAAUCAGAAGGCUCUUCCUUGGUUUUAAUUUGUAUCUCCUGAGUAUCUAGGGUUUUACUUCUGUGCACAUUCAGUGUGUAGCCCCUAGAACAGUUUAGCACCUAUUUCCCAUUCAGCCGUUUAUAGACCUCAGUUUAAGUGUCCAAGGGCGCUCUUUUGUCAGUGUUUUCAGGCCACACCAAGCAUACAUUCAUAUUCAGAGAUUCUUAGUUUGCUGUAGCUGCUUGCGUUUAGCAUGAAGGAUGGGGAGAUUGAAUAACCUUUUAUUUAACAACCAGUCUGUUAGAUUACUGAGAAUUGGAAGAUUUGGUUUGGUUCUGGGUGUUUAAACCAUUCUCCUCCUCACAACUAAUCUAUCUUAAAGAGUGACUGCAUGAAUUUAAAUUGCCUUAGAAGCAUGAAUUAGAGAUGAGGAUGUGUCACUCCCUGCUAAAUGCCCCGUUCCUUGGGAUAAAUCUCACACAUCGUUUCUGUUCCUACAGACUACAGGAUUCUUCGCUUCACAGCGGCACAACUUUAACAGGAAUGGAGCAGAGUCAUCUUUGUUUUCAGUAGCCUUGUCUCUUGCUGGGAAAAGAACCCUUGGACUGAUUGGACUCCUUCCUUCUGCCAUUGUUGCCUGGUGCUUUUCCUGCCAGGGGUCACUCUCUGAAGGCCUAAAAGCUCCGAAUGACAUCAACAGAGAAACAUGUUAACUUCUCCUCCCCACCAGUGACCUUGAGUAUAACAACAGUUUUCUUCCAAAUGAGAAAUCUGAAAGUCCUCAGAAAGUGGCUGUGACACUGAGGUGGGAGAGCAACUACAGAGGUGAGUGGAUCCUCAGAUAAAGGACUGGAAAAUAAAUCUGGAUAGGAACAAAGAAGCCCUGAAUCUCUGCAUGAAUGCUUUGAGCUUAAGGAGCUGAGUUUGAAUGAAGUAUACUACCUCCAGUUUCCCACAUCUCCUGGGACAGCUGUUCAAAAGACUGCUUCCAGGUAACUUAAAUGAGAGCUGGAGCAGAUGCUGAAGCUGUGGGAUUUCUGCACAUCUUGGAUUUUCAUUACCUCCUUUGCAAAACAGAUUUUGAAAUUGUCCUGGAAGUUACAAUCCAGAAGUUGGAUGAACUGAACAUUUUCUACAUUUUAUAUGCAACAGAGCCACUGUCUGGUACUUUCAAGGCAAAAAAUGUUGAUGGAACAUGAGGCUACCCAGCUAGAAAAACAGCACGUGCAUAGUGUGUAUGAAAAUACAGCUGCUUACUUUAAUGAUCUGCAGAGCAAAGCAUGGCCUCGUGUUCGAAACUUCCUGCUGGAGCAAAAGCCUGGCAGUCUUGUUGCUGACAUAGGUUGUGGAACUGGAAAGUAUCUCAGUGUCAACAGUCAGGUCUAUAAUAUUGGCUGUGAUUACUGUGGGCCGUUGGUAGAGAUUGCAAGGAAGAAAGAUGAUGAAGUUCUGGUAUGUGACAAUCUUAACCUUCCCUUUAGGGACCAGUGCUUCAAUGCAGUCAUUUCCAUUGGAGUGAUCCAUCAUUUCUCAACUAAACAAAGAAGAAUCAAAGCAGUAAGGGAAAUGGCAAGGGUAUUGAUACCUGGAGGCCAGAUGAUGAUUUAUGUUUGGGCUAUGGAACAAAAGAAUCGUCGCUUUGAGAAACAAGAUGUAUUUGUUCCUUGGAAUAAGGCCUUGUGCUCACGGCAUUUUUCAGAAUCAAAUCAAUCUGCAGAUAAGGGUGAGUUUCUGCAUGCUGUGAAAAGCCAAGACAUACACCCUGCACAGCUAGUCAUCUCUGAUUGUAGCUACCAAACCAAUCUGCAGCCAGAAACGGAUUCAAAACAUUUGGACCAUUGCUUAUCCAGAGCCUGCUGCAUGAAAAUUUCUGAAGGAGAAAACAGAUUUUACAGUGCUUUAGGAAGAUCUUUCCGCUCAUGGUUUUUCUCCAGAUCCCUUGAUGAAUCAGCCCUGAGAAAGCAAACUGACAAAAUAAAGCCUCUGAAAAAUGAAGGAGAAUGGGCAAACAGUACUGUACCCGUUCAGCAUUCACGACACUGCAGUUUGGAUUUAGGUCGCCAUGGGACACUGUUAAAAGAACAAAGUUUAGAUGAUGAUGAUGUGUUUGUGGAAAGCCUGGCUCUCAGAAAAACACAGUGGUCACCAGCCACAGAUGCACUGGAGGAUUUAAGUUUAAAUGGAGGACACCAAAGUGUAGCUCAGGGCAAGACUGAAGAAGCUUCAUUUAUAAAUGGCCCAGUGGAUGACAGGGACUACAGCUGCGGUUGUAAUAAAGGUGGUGCUGGUAAGUCUAAUGCCAGCAAGUUUUUGAAAAGAACUUCAACAACUGACUCCACUGACUCUGCUUUGGAUUCAGCAGUGUCUGUUGGGGACCAAAGUGAUGCCAUGUUGGAUACAAAAGCCUUCAUGCGUUAUUAUCAUGUUUUUCGGGAAGGGGAGCUGAGCUCUCUGGUAGAAGAGAAUGUGCCUGAGCUUCAGAUACUUUCUUCCUGCUAUGACCAUGGAAACUGGUGCAUUAUUGCAAAGAAAAGAGGAACAUAGCUGUAAAGAGAACAAAGCAGAAUUCAGUGACCGAGGAUUUUAAGCUGCUCUUUGUGUUCCUGUGAUUGUGGAGUGUGACAUGGAGUUUGAAUCUCAUGUAGUCAUAUGCCAUUCAUUUCCAAGUUGUUAUCUCUCUACCUAUUUAACUAUCUAAUGCAAGGUCUGUAUAUAGGAAUGUAUGUGGUAAACAAUAUUUAUGUUUUGUUAAACUUUUAUGAAGUUAAAACUGGAGAGUUUUAUAUUGCUUUUAGCAAUAACUGUGUUUUUAAAUAUAAUUUUCUAUUGAGAAAUAAAACCUUUUUAUAAGACAAGGAUCAGGGCAUCUUUUAUGAGAAAUAUCCUCUCAGUAGAAAGUUUAGGCUUUAUUCUUCAAAUGCUGAAAAUGUGUCACAUCAUUACUCCCUGUUCUUGAAGUCCUAUAAAUAGAGACAUAGGUACAGUUUAAAACGUACUUCAUUGUGUGCUGCUAGAGUGCAUGAUGCAGAACUGGGAGCAAGCAUGGUCCCAGUACUACUUAGUUUGGAGUAGAGUUGUUAAUGAGCAAAAACUAUGUAGAAAACAAGCUCUGCAUAUUCUCUCUUUUGAGGUUUUUAUUUGGGAGCAAAUGACAGAACAGAUUUUGAACAGCAUUUUGAACUUUUGUUUUAAAAAGAAUUUAAUUUGUUGCUCAGGUGCAGGUUUUUAUGUGUAAGGUCUCACAAAAACUUUAUCUUAAUUUCCUUUGUAGUUUUUUGUUGGUUAUGUGUAUGUAGAAGUCAGAGGGAUUCACAAGAGUAUCAGUAUUAUGUAAAGGUUACAAAAUACCAAAUACUUUAGAUGAUAUAUAUAUCUUUUUGAUAAUGCUGGGAGCUAAGAUAAAAUUAAUAGAAAUCCAGUGCAUAUCUGGUCAGCUGUCAUAUUUGCUCUCCUCAUUCAUUGACAUGAGAAUAUAUAUUCAAUGUUGUGUUAAAUAACGUAGAUGGGAAGAGCAUACAGGUCCAGUAUGUAUAUAAAAUACAAAUUCUUGUCUUCUGCAGUUUAAAUUAAUCUUUUGAGACCUAAAUGAUAAUAGAUUGCUUAAACAACUUUCCUAUUCCCUGUAAGACAUAAAUUUUGCUGAACAUGGUAGCCCAUCAUUAUCCAGUUGUACUAGAUUGUAGCAGUUGCCUUUAUUUAGUUCUUCACACUGAAAUAUUAUCUCAGCCCUUUCAGUGGGAGCCUUAUGAUGUGGUUAUAUGUGCUGUGGAUAAAAUGUACCUGGCUUCUGAAGAUCAGUAAUGAAACUGUAAUUGUUACGAACAGAAGCAGCACUACAACAGGCUAAUUGCCUUGUAUGGAGUUACUCCAUUUCUAGGCUUUGUCAGCUGGUAUGAUUUCAUGACCUUUAAUGAAGCUGCACAGUUUCACCCCAGAGAUCAAUCCUUUUGAUACAGCAGUUUUUGAGACCCACAUAAUAAACAUGUUUGCCCUAUUAGUGAGCAAAUAACUUUCAAUACAAAGCAACAGGAGUGAAAUACCAAACUUUUCCAGUCUAUGCUGUGUAAGUAGAUGGAUUUUGGGUUGUUCAGUAGAAAGCCCUGAUGGUGCUCAGUAUUUUUAGAUGUAGCUGCCCAGGAGUAAUUGCCACAUGGUAAUGUAUUAUAGAUUUAUUUACUGGCGCGAUGCCUGUAGAACAAUCAUCUUUGUCUUCCUCAUAGUUUGAGAUCCUUGUACUUUAUCCUUCUUGGAUCUGUACGAUUUGCACUUGAAAAUAAAAGCGUGGUCAAAGAACCAUGCAUCUCAGACUUCUGAAAUAUUUUUUCACUCUAAAUAUUACUUUUGAUACAGCCUGGGUCUGCAGUUCUCAGACACUUUGUCCGAGCCAUACUUCAGAAAACUGACAAUAUUCCCUGCAUCGCUGCGUCCAACCUCUCAUGGCUGAGGGGCUGCUCCUGCUGCAUCCCGAACCUCCAGUUUGAGGAGCACAGUGCAAAAAUGCCCAUGUUGGUGUACUGCAGAGACAGCAUGGAUCGUGCUGAGCUCCACAGUUUAUCUGCAACAUGCUCAUGUUGGACCAGUGAGGCCUGCCUCAUUUGUUGGGAAUUUCUGGAGGAGCUUGAAGAUUUUCGAAGACUAAGUUGCUUCCACAUAAGAUAUUCCAGUGGAUAUUCAUCACCUCUGGAAUCUGAGCUGUAGUUAGGGAGAGGGUAGUUGGUUAUCAACCCAUAUCCAGUUUUGAAAGUUCAUCCCUAAUUUCCAGUAUGCAAAAACUCUAUUAGACAUAUAUGAAAAUAUUUGUAAAAAUUUAUGAAUCUAAACUGACAGCUGGGUUUAGUUAACUGGAAGAAGGAACAUUAUAAUUUGUUAUCUGCACUUCUGCAGUCUCUCUGUGGAGUAUUCAGUGUGUAGUCAAGCAGGCUGAUGAAAUUUGGGGUAAACUAAGAAAGGAAAGGCUUCUGUUCUCUUCACAACAGAGAUUUGCCAUCCUUGCAUGAGGCCGAAUCUGUGUUUGAGUGUCCAGUGAAAACUUACUGCUCUAUCAGCUCUGUGAAUAAGAGCUGUCACAUCAAAGCCACUGAGGUACUUUAAACAGCUUUUGUGUUUGUAGACUUUCCAUGCAUUGUUUGGUUUGAGAUUCUUAACUGGGGAUCCUUUUCACGAUUAUUUGUUUCUGUAUUGGAUUUUCUCUUGUUUUGCGCUGAUGCCAUUAUGUUGCAUCACAUACAAGUUUGAAUUGUAUUGUUAUAAAUUCCUGGGGGAAGGAUUGGUAAACCGCUUUCUUUUCAAAUAUUCAGUUUUCCUCUGAGAAUGUAUAAUCACCAUGUAACAUAAUUUUUAUUGACUGGGGAUCUGUCUGCUGAGGUCAUGAAUGUGAAGUCUGCACAGCAAGCCUUUAUUGCUGUAUGCGGUCCCUCAUCUGUGAAGGCUGCCUAGCUCUGUAACAGCUUUAUUGUCUCGUAAGAAGCCAGAUUACCUCACUCAAAGCAUGGUGGAUGUCUCUCUUGAUUGGUUUCUCUUUUGAUGAGGCCCAUCUUAAGUAAAAUGUAAUUUCCAGAAGAAUCCAUGUGAUCCCAGUCUUUAAUAGCUUACAGACAUAGUUAAUGUGCUCAGAGAAGCAGAAGAUGGUGUAUACCAUCAAAAAAUCCAUAGUAAAUGAAUGAAUAAACUAAAACCCAUUUGUCCUUGCAUGCUAAAACUCUCAGCAAUGUCCAGGCUGCAAGAUCUGACUGUUAGAAGGUAAAAGGCAAAUAUGUUCUUCUGUUUCUUUUCUGACAAAGUGGCAAUAGUCUCACCUCAGUUAUGCCGAUAACAAACCUGCUUUUGACUGCAGUGGGCUAGGGUUGCGCCUAAGCUGCUCAUCUAGCUUCAAGUGGCACAUGGAGAAGUCUUGAUUACAUGAGAAAAGACGUCCUGUUUUUUUGCAAUUUAAUUUACUAGGAUCAUUGCAUUGUCAUUCUGAACUGGCUAAACAAAAGCUGCAACCUUAUUACUCUUACAGACUGUAAUCCAAAUGGACAAUUGCAAUAAAAAAGAUACAAUUGAACAGACUUAUUUUUGAAGGACAAAUACAAUUGCAAUCUUUGAUAAAUUGUAUUUUGCCUUUUUUCUUUGUUUUUUUAAUAGAGAAAAUGUUUAUAUUAGAAGUGCAAAAGUAUAAUUUUUUUUGGUACUACUGGUGACUAAUUUGCUUUCUUCCAUGCUUAUGGUGUAGGAAUUUCAAAAGCACGAGUGAGGAAUGAAAGCUGUAAAUGUUCUAGCAGAUUUUUUUCUGGUAUAUAUUUGUAUACAGGUUACUUAUGUGUGCAGUUUAAAAUGCUGAGUGAAGAGUUGUAUAUGUUCCACCAGCAGAAUAUUGUUAGGGAACCACAUGGAUUGAUUCUGAAUAGAAAUAAUCGCUCUGAUCCCGUAUCCUCUCUGCCUUGUCAUGUCUCCAUCAGCCUGUAUUCAUGUGACUGUUGGGCUGUAUUAGUAUCAACAUUGUGUUAAAUCUAUUGGUCUACCCACUUUCUUGCUCAGCACUUUUCCAGGAUUUGUGGCUACUUUAGUACUCCAGGCAAAUGAAGUGUGUCAGUGUUAAAUAUAUACUAUUGUAUAUCUCUUUUGUGAAUUCAACAUUCUUUUUCUUACAGUAUAUGAAUUCUGGCAGCUACUGUGAUUUUAUCUUCCAAUCUGCUGGUCAAAACCAUACUGAGGGACUGCUCUGUAAUCAAUUCUUUGUCCAUAAAUGGAACCUAUUCUCUAGUAUUAGAUAGAAAAUAUAUCCUACUUGGUUAAAAUAUUAUUUCCUACAGGACUUCUAUGCUG